UGUCGGUCGGUGAAUUAGUCCCACUGAAACUGACCAUCUCGCUGAUACUUUACCCUUUUUUUACGAUUAUCAGGUUCCUUAGUACUUUAUAUAGACAACAGCUGGAUAAAAAUACAAUCUAGGGACGAAUUAGGGCCAUGGCGACGAAUAUGUACUUGGAACAUUACCUUGAUAGUAAGUGCUUUUGAUUUCACUUCGCUGUGACGAUCCCGCCAGAAUUCAUACUCAUUUGCAUUUGGAAAAAAAAAGACAGGCAAAGCUAUCGGUGCUUCGCCGAUGUAAUGAUUUGCUUAUCCUGGAAAGUUUUAUCGUAAUUCUGAACGGCAUAAAGUUUUGGAAAUAUUUAUUUUGUCGCGGAAUCUGGUGGAAAUAAGGAUAAGCUUGUAUGUGAAAUAGAUUUCAGACUAGCGUACAACUUUACACCCACAAAAAGUGAAGAUCGGAUGUGGGUUUUGGUUAAUUUAAUAGUCAAGCUUAACUUCUAUAAGUUAAUGAGUCCUUUAUGAUGUCAAUCCCAUUUCCUGUAAAGUUUGAUUUUUCCCUACGUUAAAUAACUGUACGAGUGCGCAAAUCAUCAAUUUUACAUAACACAUUCGAAUGAAAACAUCUAAGAAUGGAAAGGGUUUCCCCUGCAAGUGCUUUCCAUGACACAUGUUAAUUAACAGACGGCACUGCUCUGCUUCUUAGGUAUUGAAAACCUGCCAUUUGAACUACAGAGGAACUUCACACUUAUGAGAGAACUUGAUCAAAGGACACAAGGUAACUUAGGCGCACUUAUACCCCACUGGCUGAAAAUCCUCUUCACGAACCAAUCCGCUUAAGUGACUAGCGUAAACCACGCAAGUCAAACAUUACGAAACAGUUAUUUCUUUGGUCGCUUUUUGUUAUUUAUCCGAAAAUAUCAGUUUUCCAAUGGUUUGUAUUUUGGUAACAAACGUAACACAUAUUUGCCAGUUCACCAACGCACAUGGGGUGGUUUCAACCUUGACUUACAUUGCUUGGAAAGCAGAAGGUACCCACAAUUCAGGGGAUUGUCAUGAAAAAAAACCUUUAAUUUCAGGAAAAAGUCAGGAAAUUUUAAUUUGACUCUGGGAAAAUUGAUUGAAAGGAAAAAAAAGUUAGGAAAAUUUGAAGAAUUUGACCAUAGGAAGGAAGAAGCUUUUACUGUCACAUUAAUGGCAAAGAUUCUUUCCCUGAUAAUUGAGAAGUUGAGCACUUUUUGAUACUAACCAUCUUUACUUCUUGGUUGAGGUCGAGGCCAUAAUUCAAAAGCAUUAUAUCAUUUAUUUAAAUUUUUUGAGAGGAAGGACAGCUGACUGGGAUGGAUGCUGCCAUUGUAUGUUUUUUAUCUUGUUGGUCUUGUCUGGCUGUAGCAACCAUGAGACUGUGUCAUGUCAUGGUACUAUCAGGCCACUCGUUUGAAAAUCCCUCAAAGAUCUUUAUAGGAUAUCCUUGAUGUAAAUCCUGUUAAGGUCUUACCAAACUUAUCUCCUCUUGGAAAUCUUUGUGCUGCUAAUAAGAUCUUACAAGGAUAUUUCUAAGUUCAUAAUGAAUAUUUUUAUUACACUACAAUCUAAAUAUCAAGAAAUGAUGCUUGUGUGAGUGGUAAUUAAAACCUCAUUAAGGUCUUUGCAUGCAAAUUUUGGCCAGUAGAUCCGCUUGGCUAGAUAACUGUGAGGUAAUUUGAUAAUAGGAUCUUCAGCACAUUCAGUUCACAUCUCUCUUUGCCAAACAUAAUUUAUCCAGUAGAAUUGCAUUUUAUAAAUUUUUCUGUUAGUCAUCUAUGACAUACAAACCUCCAACUCUCAGUUGAAUUUCUCUCAGGUUAUUGCAAGAAUAUGGUAUUUAUUUGAUGAAACACUGGGCAUUUAUUAAAUUUUUUGUGCUUUGAGGGCAAGGUUUAUAUGAGGGCGGCAUCAAUUCAAAAUCCAAUUUAUUAUUUGCAAACAAUAGAAUGGUAACUGGCCAUUUUAAUUUCAAAACAUAGAAGCAUGUUUUAGUGCUUGUCGUAAAAGUCAUGUUUUAUAUUGUUCUCAGUUUCACAAUUUGCAUGUUAAUACUAGUUGCAAUACAUAAAGUAAGUAAGGAUCUGAUGUCAGAUAUACUUCUCAACUUUUAAAAUAGUACAUUCAAAAGUAUUUGUGUCUGGUUUGCUCUAAAUUUCCAAUUGCAAUCAAAGCGAUGAUUGUUGCGAGCUUUUUGAGUCUUAUUUAAAGAAAUGCUGCAUCAUGAUGCAGCGUAUAUUUUGGAUGGAAGAGUUUAUAAAUAUUUCUGCACUAAAAUGAGGUGUUUAUCAAACUAUGCUGAUUUAUAUAAAUGAAAAUAACAAGAGUUAUUUUGAUAAAUGAGGUGGCUGUUACAAAAACAUUCAAAUCUGAAUCUGACAAGAAAACUUUUUUUUAUCUCAUAAAUGCCCAGCUUUCCGAUCUUCCCAAUUCCACAUUUUAAGGAGGAAAAUCAAAGUUUCUAUAAACUGUUGGGGUCUUAAAAGUAAAUAGUUUUUUACAACGUCUUAAGGCAAGGGAAAAAAAACAGUUGAAGAGAUUUUACCUUGGAGAGAAAAGUAGGAAAAUAAGAAAUUGACAACACCAAGAUAGCAUCAGGUACAAGGGGGAUGUUAGCUUGUUCAACUUUUAAUGAUAUGUUGCUGAAUUGUUCAUAAUACAGUGCAUUUUUGACUUACAUUAAAACAGUUAUCUAUUUUACUUGAUUGUUGUUAGUGUUGGAUCCUUGUUGCAGCUAGGAAAAUAUUCACCAUCUCUCUUCCCUCUAGUAAAUGGUUACUUAAAGUGAAUUACUCUCAAACUAAACAUUACAUCCUUCUGUUAUUUCAUUUAAGACCUUUCAAAGGAGAUUAACAGUAUGUCAGAAGAAUACAUGGCAAAUGUGCGUGGCAUGGAUGCUGCAAAAAGGACAUUACAUUUGAAGAAAAUUGAAAAUGCUUUUGUCAAGAGUCGGGAAUAUGGGGAUGAUAAAGUUCAGCUUGCUAUGCAAACAUAUGAAAUGGUAAGUGAAUUAAUCUAACUUUUUUUAUGAAAACUUGAUCAAAUGUCCUUUGAGGCUAAAAUAAUGCAUUGUGUUAUUUUGUACAAAGUAUUAUUUGAUGAGUUAUACUUACCCUAACCCAGAUGUUGUAAGUAAUCUAUUUUGGGAGUAUGAGGUACAAUUUUGGUUUCAUGAAAAAGUUUGUCAUUCAGAAAAUGAAGAGCUGUCACAUUUGGGAUUUUGCUGCUUAUUAUUCAAUCCUGUCCCCCUUCCCCACCCCUGUAGAAAAUGGUGCUGUGAAAGAGGGCAUUCACAAUUUAAACCAACACCGAACACUUUACCUAAUAUAAUUCUUAACCCUUUAAGUCCCACUAGUGACCUAGACAGAAUUUCUCCUUACACUAUCACUACGAUAUAUAGGAGACAAGUUAUGAGAAUAAAGAAAAAUAUCAAUUAGGGGAUUGUUGGUUGAUCCAAUUGCAAAUUCUGCCAACUAACAUUACAUGAAUUGUGUGGCAGAUAGAAAAGAGAAUUACCAGUGAAAUCUUGGGAGUUAAAGGGUUAAACUUCCUAUUAUUUGAAUUUAUAAUUCUGCUAAUGAAAUCUUUUUUUUAAUAAAAGGUUGAUAAACACAUUCGUAAACUGGAUGCUGACUUGGCAAGGUUUGAAUCAGAUCUCAAGGAGCAACAUGCCAAGGAAGCGGGUUACUCAGAUUAUGAAAGUGAGUUUAGUCCUUUAGACUGUGAUAUACAACUUGGUAAAAGUUACCUAACUUUGUCUGGUUAGGUGAAAACUGGAGAGAAGCUCAUAGCAGUUGAAAACUAUUUAUUUAGAAUGCUGUUGAUUAGUCCAGUUGAAAUUACUAUCUAACCCACAUUAUUCAGAAAGUCUCUUACCCACAGUGCAGCUCCAAAGUAAGUUGACAAAGCUGCUUCUCUUUGACAAAGAGGCAGCUGGCACAUAAGUGACCCUAUAAAGGAUCUCCAGGAUUAAGUUGAUCACACAUACACACAACAUGUUCUAACACAUUCAAAUACAACUAGCACAACACCAAGACUUGCAGAGAUAGUUUUUUUAUUUAAAGUAUGGUUUCUUUUCAUUACACAAGCUGGGUUUGUGAUUGUUCAUCACACUUCCCCAUUGUAAAGUUCUCAACAAUCUACAUUCCUCCAUCAUUAAUGCACAGCAUCAAAAUCAAGAACAGUCCCUCCAUGUGGGCAAAGAUAACCUCAAUUCAGUUUCUGUAGAAUAUUUUACUGUUACAUCUUCCAAUGAGCUCAACAAUGAAGAAAGUGAUAUUUUCAGCAGGGAAGACAACAAUGACCUAAGCAAUCAGGAAACUGACUCUGAUAUUGAAAUUAACCAUUCUGCAUUUGACAAUAGGCCAUUUUACAGUUGUGUACUUGGCUGCCAAGCCUUUAAUUUAGAGUGAGGCUGAAGGUGACUGUGUUGUGAUAGAGACCAGUAUCUGGUUAGCAUGAUAACAAAGCAAUUUACAUUGAAAAGCAGCAAGGUUUUUAUCAUAACAUGGUCAUCCUUAGCCUCAUUGCUGUUCAGAGGCUUGGCAACUAAGCAUGAAACUGUGAAAUGCGCUAUUCAGAGCAAUCAAAAGUGAAGACCCUCAGGGUUAAGACAUGUGGAUGUUCUCAAGGGGAAAACAAGAGUCCUUGCAGUUCCUCCAUAGAAAUUGGCAAUAUCAUUGAGUAUUGAAAGAACUGCAUUGAACUUGCCCCUACAUUGUUUUCAUUUAGGAGCCAUUUACAGCUCUAUCAACUGCAAUUAUAUGAGCUAUUUGAGAAGAGAAAGAAAAAAAGGGGCCAUGAGCCUAAAUACCUUUCUAUUUCCUUGGCAACUGAACUUGUCAGAAAACAUGUUUGUCUAGGUAUCAAAUUCUUAGGAGCUAACAUCAGCAUGCAUCAAACAAACAGCGGCAAGUCACCCAAAAUUUACUUUCACUCUUACUUUCACAUUUUGUAGUCCAAUAUGUUCUAAUAACUGUGGUGUAGUUUUUUUUGUAAAAAUUUAUUUUAGUUUUCAAGAAAGAAAUUUUUUUCGUUUGACCACUCAAAUAUGCAAAUUUUCACCGUGAAUAUUACCCGAGUUGUGUGACCUCAUGUAAAGAAUAUACUAGACCUACACUGUUUCUGUCAACAUAAUCCUUUGUUUUAUCAUCUAAACUUAAUCCCCUGUCAUUAUUGAACCUGGCAAAGGUUCUGUUGUACAGAAGCAAAAGAAACAUUGACUGAACCAUUGAAGGCUGUAGAAAUUUUGGCCUUUCCAGGCAGUUUACAAGCAACUGUUCAUUAUUCCUAUAACUACAAUCAGGAACUUCAUUGCCCAGCUGAUCCUUACCAGCCUAGCAUGAUUUUUUUCAAACCCUAUUGAAGGAGCUUACCACACUUAAGUGCCCUCCUCUACAUAAGCUAGGGAUGACUCCUGCCCCCCAAUCAGUGUUUGAUGAAGAACAUCCACACAUCUAGUUAGAUUUUGCAUCGACAGAUGCAAUAACAAGCCUUUUACAAAGCAAUGAUGGUCCUGAAGACCUUUCUCAGGAUACAGUCACAAUCACCAGUUGUUAGGAACCAUGGAGAAGGUGUGCAACUUUUUUCUCAACUUCCCUCAAGUUGCUGCAUCAAGACCACCAUAAGUUGCAAACUCUUACUAUACACAAACCCUCAUGUACUGAAGAAAUCAUUUUGUUAAAAUUGACCCAACUGUUGUCUAAGUUUGGUGGACCCAAUGGCACUGGAUUCUCAUUUUUCAACUUUCCUCAGACUUGUUUUGUUAUAGUAAAGGUCUCACAGCAAAGGUCACACCUGUGAUGGAAGCUUGGGUGGGUCCAAUCAUUCACAAAGUUCUGUCAAAUAAUUAAGUGAGCUUAAAAGACUAAAGCAAUUGGGUUUCAACAGGAAUUGCCUCUAAGAGGCAUGAUAUUUAUGGAAAAGUGUUCAGUUCUUCUCAAAAACAAUAGUAAGCUUUCAUUGAUAGUUGGAGCAGCUGAAGCUAAGAAGCCAACCUAAGUAUCUUGUCAAAGUACAUUAGAGGAGGAAUUUCAAAGAGGGGGCUAAUGCAACUAGUGGUAUUCAAGGAAAUAAUGGCAAGAUACUUGACAAAUAGCUCCUGCCAAUCAUCCAAUCAAAACAUUGAAUCCAAAUGCACAAGCCACUUAGCUUCCAACUUCAUGGCUUUUUUUUUUUUUUUUUUUUAACUUCUAUCUGGGCUUUUGAUGUGAAAAUUAUACAUGAUUUUUGGAAAGUGUAUUUGUAUGUGUCAAACCAGCUGUGAAGAGGAAGAAAUCACAUCAGUGCUGCUCAAAAGUUAAUUGGAUCUAAUAAUUCAAUUUCAAAAGCCCUUCCAAACAGAUUUUUAAUAUUUUGCAGGUGAAUCACCAACACCAAAGCGCAAAAGCAAGUCAGGUAAUAUUAAGUUGGUAAAUGUUAUUCACCUGUUGUUAAAAGUGGUUUAGAUGUUGUGUGCAACAAUUUUCUCCCAUGGUCUCUCUUCUGCAAUUUAAACCUGUUAUAAGGCUUAGCCUCAAAGUCCAUCCAUGCUGAGGACUACCAAACCACAGUUUCUGUAACUGAUGGUUGUUAUGAAUAAUUAUUAAGGUUAGAGUGGCCAAUUUAGGUUUAUUAUCAAGAUGUAGAUUGGGAAGAAGAAGCAAUGAAAAAUAACAAUGAAGAGCUAGAUGCAUAUAAAUAUGUACUUCAAGCAAAUCCUAGGCUUGAAUAUUUCUAGCUGAAGACAAUCAUGCUUUCUGGCAACACCAAUAAUUUUCUUUAUAAAUGAUUACUUUAGCAAAUGCUUUGUAAUGCAUACUCAGAAGUUUGGUGUCAUAUCCAUCAUCUUGAGCUUAGUCCUCAAACUGAGAUUUAGUUGAAGGAAGAUAUAAGACCCAUCUACUUGGACUCUAGUGAUAACUAUUUCUCUGAUAAAAUAUUAUGUACAAACUCUCUCUGGAGUAUUUUUAGAGGCAUACUUAGAUGUUUGUAAUUUCCUUAUUGGGUAAGGUGGAAGGAACAGAGGAGGAGGAAGGAAAAAACAAGAUACUUCUGAGUCUGCCAGGAAAAAGAAAAAGUAUGUGUUGAAAGGUUAUAAAUUUUGUUUGAACUAACUUCAUCUAAGGAUUGUCUGGAUUGCAUUCCAAUGGAAACAAAUUUUGUUUUGCUCAAAAAUGGAAGAUAACUCAUUACUUUUGCAAAACCUUGAAAUUUAACCUCCAGUUUUCAGGUCAGGUCAUGAAUAAAAUACAAAAAAAUUGUUUCUUGUUUUUGAACAAUGAAAACAGGUAACCUUACAUCAUUCCAAAAGAUCCAUGGGGACACUAAGCCAAAAAAAGAAACAACACAACAAUAUUUUUAUAUAUUAUUGAUGUGGAACCUGAUCAUGUUGUAUUUUGACACCUGAAAAUUUGAUAGUGAUUUAUUCUUUUUUAGAGUUGAAUCUGAAGGUCCUAAGUCACUUGCAGUAGCUGUCUCUCUCUUGGCACCUGAGGUUCAAGUGCUUGAUAUGCCAGUUGACCCUAAUGAGCCAACAUACUGUCUGUGUCAUCAGGUAAGCAGCUUGGAAAAGAACCAGAAGUUAUUAAAGUUUGAUAAACUGUUUUCACAUUUUCUUAGCAGGUUUAUGUUGUCUAUUGAUGAACAUGCAGGGAACACUUUUGUUACUAAGUUACAUUGUGCUCCUUCUGAGGUAUGUUACUAAGAUUGCAUUCCUUUGGUUUUUGUUACCUAGGUUUCAUAUGGUGAAAUGAUAGGCUGUGAUAACACAGAGGUAGGCAUAACACAGUCAGCCUAUUACUAUAAAUUAUUACUAUUGUUUUUAAUUUGUUCUGGAGUUUUGUAAGGGGAGAAAAUGUGUUAGUCCACUAUAGCGAGACAGUUCCUCUCUUUAGCUUUGCAAUAGAUAAAGGCAUCAUGAAGUUUUCAUAAGUCAAUGUAUCAACAAGGAUUUAGUGUGAAUGUACAGUUGAGAUGAAAAAAAGUAAAGAAUUAUAUUCCACAUUUGAUUUCUGUUGUAUUUUUUGAAAAACAUGCCUUAUGCAAAUUAUUGGAUCUCAAUUCAAAAUAAGGGUCUUAUUUUUUAUAACUGUUCCCCGUCACCCAAAUGUUUUCUAGUCUACUUGCAUUAUGUUAAAGUCCCAUUGUGCUUAUUUAGAAGGCCCUUCAAAAAUGUUGGUUUUUCUAGGUGGCAAGUGGCUGCCUUUACACUUAAUCAGCUAGGUUCACACAUUAAAACUGUAAUCUCUUAAUUCUCUCACUCUUUCAAUCCACUUCCCCCAUUGCUUCCUCAUGUUAACUUAGUAUUUUCAUUUUAGUGCCCAAUAGAAUGGUUUCACUUCCCGUGUGUAGGACUGACAUCAAAGCCAAAAGGAAAAUGGUUAGUCUAGACAAGAUUGCAUUUCUCAGAUUUUGAAAUUUAAAUUAAUUGCCAUACAUUUUAGUGUGUCUUGGGGCAUGUGCCUUGGUCCUACUGCUGCGGGUUGAUAGAGAGAUAUAAAGCAGCUUGAUAUGAAGGAUAUCAAUCUCUAGAUUAAAAGAUAAGUCACACCUCGGAAUACUCUCCUCUCAAUAUGAAAAAUGAAGUUUUUCUUUUUACUACAAGUUGAUUUAUAACGGUAAAGACCGAAUACUUUUCAAAUAAUCUUGUCUUUUUGAAAAUGGUUCUUGAAUCCAAAGUCAUGGCAUGUGUAAAUUUUUCUCAAACACAUGGGCCUCAAAACCUGUAUGCAGAACUUAGUACAUUUUACCUCACUGCGCAUUAUUGAUCUUAUAAUUUCCAAGUUUUUAUCAAUAAUGUAUGUAGUCAAGUGACUUAGGAUUCUCACACAUGAGUGAGCUCUUGAUUAAAAGGGACACUCCUGAGCAGAGCCUUAUUCAUACCUUUCGUACAGGUAUUGUCCAAAAUGUGCACAAGAGAGAAAGAAGAAGUAACUAUGGCAUCAGUGACUAUGGCAUCAAAAGGGCUUAUAACCGCUAGCAACAUUGUUUGGGAACAAAGCAAGACAAGUAUGCCUGUUAUGGUCCAAAUCUCCCGGUACACAGUGAACGUUCGUCGUCAGUUGCGCAUGUGUGGUCAAACCCCUUAAUAAGAGAAUAUUGUAGCAAAGUGCCUUUGUAUUUAUAUUAUUACUGCACCUGUCAAUGACAUGCGACCUCUGGCUCUCUGAGCUAUUCUUACGAUGUCCCUUCAUUUAGCUGUCAAUCAUUACCGCAACUACUAUCGAAGUACAGAGGCAAACAAAAUGGAUCGAAAUCCACCGCUUACAACUUAGAAAUGCAUUUUUUAUGACACAAAUACAAUUCCACAGACCGAAAAAACGUAGUAAAUUCAGGAGUGGCUUAUGUUGAAUGAUUGUACCAACUCGUGUAAAUAUUAUUUGUAGAUAUAAAUAUAAAGUUUACAUAAUAUUACGGCGAGUUGGUCAAAUCCCCAUUUUUUCUCCUCUUUUUUUUUUUGUCUCUCUAUUUUUUGCUUUGUUUUUGUUUCUUUAUGUUUCUGUUUUUGAUAGUAGAGAACUUUUCAAAUUUUUGUACAUUCUAGACUGCAAAGUAGUGUAGGGUUUCAAAGUGCUUGUAUAAAGAGGCCACAUUUUCGACGAAAUGACCGAAACAUGAUAUUGAAAUGUUUGAGGAGUUUUUGACGGUUUUUUUUUGUCGAUGAGAUCGCGACAACUUAUGACUUACUAAAGCUAUUUGCACUUGUUUAAAUUUUCUAAGAAUAUUCAAGGAGGAAAACCUCGGUCCGGCAUCUUUUAAGGGUUUCACGUAUUAUUCUCGUGCGUAAAACAGUCGGUUCCUCGCAAGGAUUGUAAAGCUUGACCUGAAUUAAUUGUAAAAUGAAGUAUGGAUUACAGGAUUGAAUCAUAAUUUACUGUUAGUUGAGACAUGUUGGUGGUACAUUCAUGCUAAGACAUGAAAAAUUUGAGGUGAACGCCAAGUUUCUUCAAAGCCCGCUCUUCCACGUUUCUCCCCGUAACAAAAUUCUGAAGUAACAGUUCAUUGUAGUGAUUUUUUAUACAUUUGGAAUAGGAAGCAUUUCAUGACGAAGUAUACUUGAGUUUGAAAGUUUGUAAUUAGUUUCUUUAAAGACAUCGAGAGUUUUCAACUAAAGAAUAUUGCAUAUUGAAUAUGGUGUUCAUCAAGCGUGGGUGACGAUUCAAAUGAAAAAUAAAAAGUUAAAAUACCCUGUCUUAGAACCCUGAGAAGCUUCCUCCAAAGGUAUGGCAAGCACAACAAUAUUCAAUCCUUGCAAUAUAUCUUUAAUCCUUAAAGUAUUCACUUAUUUAACGACGUAAAAAAAGCAUUUAAUCCAAUUGUUAGUGAGACCUUUGUUGGAAAUCAAACCUCUGAUUUUC